AUGACAAACCCACUGAUAGUGUCUCUGUUUUUUGCUGUUCUAUUCGGAGAAGUGCUCUCUCAAAGCUCUUCCGCCAAGGUCUUGGAGAACUUGAAGAAACGCUAUCCCGAGCGGCGAUUCGAAAAUAUCAUCGAUGGCGACUUCCGGCGCUACCUGGCCAUAGCACGCGUCAACGGUUCGAGUGCAUAUCACAUCGGCGUUGUUGAGGCGGGACAAAAGUUCAGCGAGAUCGCUGUGGAGGCGGGGAUUGCGGUAGGUUAGAAACGUAUAUGUAGUAUCAGUUUGUCGGUAAAAUAAUGUGGAUUUGUCGAUGAGGGGGAAGUAUUAGUCUGUCGGGAAAAUAAUGUGGACUUAUUCGCUGAGGGAGAAGUAUCCGUCUGUCGGGAAAAUAAUAUGGACUUGUCGCUGACAAGGGAAGUCACUUUUUUCGCAGACGGACUUUGGAACGGGACCUAGUAGGUUUCAAACGUGAAGCUUCUGCGAUCAUAAAACUGAUUUCCAAAAGUGUUUACGGGGCUUCUCGGCCGAGAAAAUCGACCACAAAGUUUAGCCGAAAUGAGCGAAUAGCCUCCUCAAAAGAAACAGCUUAUUUCAUCUGCAGUGGUGGCCGAGUGGUCAGCGCGCUCGCUUUUUGCGCCAGAAGACGUGAGUUCGACUUCGGUCGUCUGCGGAUGCAUUUCUUUUGACAAUUGAAUCAAAUAGAGAGAUGCCGUUAACAUCACAUAUCCUAAUUAUUAGCAAUUUUUAAUAAAACACAAAUUUAGAAAGUAUAUCUUCAUCAACCCAGCCCUGUUUUGACUUUACAAUAUUCAUGAACAUUCAGCUUUGAAUUUAUGUUUAAAUUACUGUAAAAAAUUACAAAAGUGUAUACAUUUUAUGUUUACAUACUAAAUCAAUAUUUACGAACCAAAAAAGAAAAUAAACUGCGCAAAGGAUCGAACCCGCCUCUUCUGGCGCAAAAAGCGAGCGCGCUGACCACUCGGCCACCACUGCAGAUGAAAUAAGCUGUUUCUUUUGAGGAGGCUAUUCGCUCAUUUCGGCUAAACUUUGUGGUCGAUUUUCUCGGCCGAGAAGCCCCGUAAACACUUUUGGAAAUCAGUUUUAUGAUCGCAGACGCUUCACGUUUGAAACCUACUAGGUCCCGUUCCAAAGUCCGUCUGCGAAAAAAGUGACUUCCCUUGUGAGGGAUAAGUAUUAGUUUGUUGGGAAAAUAAUGUGGAAUCGCCUUCAUCGCCGGGCGGUUCACAGCGACGGCUGGCUGGAGAUUUGGUGAGCGAUUGCAAGGAGGCGAGAGAUAUUUUGCUGCUACAAAUCCACAUUAUUUUCCCGACUGACUGAUAUUCGCGAUCCUAGCCCGUCCGGGAAGUCGCUAGAAUGAUUUCCGCGACAUGCGCUUGAUAAAACAAAAGUUCACUUUGCACUGUGCAACUUGUUGUUCGCACCGUGCAAUCGGUUUUUUUAGCUGCGGCUCGCACCCUGACUUUUUCUGCACAGUGCAUGUCGCAAAAAUCACUUCAGCGACUUUGCGAAGGGACCAGUAUCAGUCUGUCGGGAAAAUAAUGUGGAAUUGUCGCUGACGGGGAAAUAUCAGCCUGUCGGGAAAAUAACGUGGAUUUUUCGCUAAACAGUGAUGGACGGUUCCAAGGCGCGACUAGUCCACAUUAUUUUCUCGACAGACUGAUACUUCCCCAUCAGCGUCAAAACCACAUUAUUUUCCCGACAGACUGGAAAUACACACAUUUUCUCUUCAGACCGGCGCAUUUGCCGUCUUCCUCCUACCGCAGAAGAAUGCCGAUGGCAAGUUCACAGAGUUCUUCGAACCGCUGGGAUCCAGGAAGGCCUUACGACGGUUUAACUUGAGGUAAAAAUGAGAUUGCAUUUUAUUUUUUCUCCUUAAAAGCAAUAUUUGGCUCUCGACUGUGUGUAUACUACAUAUAUUUCAGCGGUAACGUUUGCGAUUUCCCAUACAAUUACACGCAGAACGGAUAUCGUCACAUCUAUUCGAUUGGCUCACAUGUGAGAUACGGGGCGAAGGAAGUGGUGAAUGUUGGGGGUCUGAAAUGUGGCGACGUUUUGCAAUCGAAGGACAUCGCAACGCUACCAAAUUCCACCUUAACACCGAGUGUUCAGAGGCUCCUGAAUCGAUGCUGGGUGAGUUCUACUGUAGCAUAGAAAAGACAAAAAUUUGCUGCAAAGAACAACGGUCCGUUAGCUUUAUCUGGGUCCUAGGAUCAUAAAGUAUCCUAGGCUCCGAUCACUGUUGUACAAUUUCAAAUGACUGAUUGAAAUUUGUUUGGUUUAGACUUCAAAAGGAGACGAAACAUGCGUCAGAGACGAAGGUGGUAACGGCACAGUGCUAGUGAACCGCUACCACCCCAUUCUUCAUCUCAACGGAAUCACCGUGUAUUCCCAUUGCUGCCGUAACAAGAUCUGCGGGAAAAUCCCAGAUAGAUGCGCCUACUUUGUGUAUGAUCAAGCCAGCGGGUAAGAAGGAAGAUUUUUUUAUCUACAUGUGGCAUAAAGCGCUGUCGCCGGACUGAAAUCGUAAAUCAGCGACAUGAACUGUGAAAAAACCAAAAAUUUAUCGGUCUGUCGGGAAAAUAAUGAGCAAAAAUUUGUCGCGGGAAAAUCAAAUUGUUGCUCGGCGACGCGAUUGGCGCAUCACGGCAAAACGAAAUAGAACAAAAAUGUUUCCCGCCCACUUUUGAGUUUCGUCCAAACGAAGUGUCACAACUGACAAAAGCAAUAAAAUAAUUUCGAGAAAAACAUUUUUCCAUCGAAACACCACACGAAAAAUUCUGUUGUGAUAUUUCGUGUGAAUUUGACCGAUUCUGGGUGUGCGAAGUGCCGAAACGAGGAGGGAGACUCCUUGGGUUGGCGUGCGCAGCAACACUACGCUCGUUAUUUUUCCGAUAGACUGAUACAGUGGCGUACCUGAUCCAAUGGCAAAAAACGUACGAUUUUGCACCCGCGGGCCCAUCCGCUAACUGAAACUUGGCUGAAAACGGUAGCUUGGAAAAUAUGCAAGGGCGCAGCUCGCAUCUCGUGGGCAGCUCGGAAAGCAAGCUUUCCCAGCUCCGCAGAGCUAACAAGGGAAUGGACUUUAUGUGUAAAUCGAUUUUGGCUUGGGACAUAGUCAGAUCGAAAGGUGUGUGGUAGUCGAUUAUUCACUUGGGGGGAAAUCUCUGCGUGGGGCUUCAAAGCCGAGAAAAUUGGCUUCAAAGUUUGGACGAAAAUCAAAGGAUAGGGAUCCCGGAAAAUGAGGAAUAAAAAGUGUGAAGCAGUGGCCGAGCGGUCAGUGCGCUCGCUUUUUGCGCAAAAGGUCGGAAGUUCGAAUCUGCUUCCAUUCAUAACUUUUUUAAACAAAAACUUCUAUUAAUUUUUUCCCCUGAACUGGAUCAUCGAUGCAAGAAGUAUAUUUUAAACGGAACCUUCCCAUUUUCAACGGCUUUGCACCUUCCUUUUACAGUUUUAGAGCGCAGAGCCCACCAUCAACCUGAUGUAUUCAAAAACAACUUUCCAUUAUGUUAACUUUUUUUUAUCUAUACCACUUUUUUAAAUGUAUAGCCGGAUUAGCACGAAGAAAGCAGAAGUAAAAACGAUAAUAAUGAUUUGGGCUUGGAAAGACUCGAACCUGCAACCUUUUGCGCAAAAAGCGAGCGCACUGACCACUCGGCCACUGCUUCACACUUUUUAUCGCGUCUUUUCCGGGGUCCUUAUCCUUCGAUUUUCGUCAAAACUUUGAAGCCGAUUUUCUCGGCUUUGAAGCCCCGCGCAGAGAUUUCCCCCCAAGUUAAUAAUAGACUACCAUACACCUUUCGAUCUGACUAUGUCCCAAGCCAAAAUCGAUUUACACAUAAAGUCCAUUCCCUUGUAAGUUUCAGCAUGUUUUCGAGCUGCGUCCAAAACACGAGCUGCCCUCAUGCAGGCUUUCCGACCUGCGCCCAUUUUGAGCCAACUUUCAGCCACGUUUCAGUCACCGUAUUCGCCUGUGGAGGUGUGAAAAACGCAGCAAAAUACCUCCCUCUUCGACGAAGAAUGCUCCAUUACAAUACGUCCAAUUUUAGGUGCAGGGGACCUGAUCCAGUGCAAAAAACGUACCAUUUUGCAUCCGGGAAUUAUCAAAAAAUGUGGCAAAAUACCUGCCCCUCCAAGUGAAAAAAACUCAAAUUUCAAAAGCGCCCCGCUCUUUUUUUGAGCAAAAGGGCGCGACCUUCAAUACGAGGUUUUUUCACUUCGAGAGGGAAGCAUUUUGCGACAUUUUUGAUACUUCUCGAAUGCAAAAUGGUACGUUUUUACCCUUAGGUCGGGUCCUUCACUGUAUUGCUUAACCGCAACUUUCAGCGUUGACUUCUACAUUGACGAUCAACUCAACUGGACCGCGGAUGCAAAGAAGGACCCAUUAGUUUUGAUUCCACUUAUUUCUGGGGACGAUGAAUUCGUUAAGAAGAGAAGAUACAGUUUCUUCCCUGCAAAUCCAGCUCAAUCGCCGGCACCCGUCCCAAUCCCUGCGCCAUUGAACUGCAGUUCUGGAUUUAACUUCAAUUUUGGAGCCUUUCUGGGGAAGUUCCCAAAGUUCUCGUUCGGAAAUUUCAGCUUCUUCAAUUUUUCGAGAUUCCCGUUUUUGAAGAUCGGCCCAAGGAAUAUGAAAGGAUUACAAGGCUUGAACGGGUUGGGCAAUCUGGCUAACCUCUCCAGUUUGGUUAAACAUUGA